AUGCCCCUCCAACCCAGCGAACGGGGCGCGCGCGAAACUACGGGUGAUUUGCCUCCUGGCGAGGAAGCAGAGGCUGAAAUGAUCCUCGGAAACCUGCUAAGCGACCUGCCUGCGGAGCUGCGCAGGCAGGAGAAGCAGCGGUUGAGCGGGCUAGUGGCUUUGCGAGUGCUCGUAACGCAUCCUUUCUUUGACCGCUGCCCUGGGUUGCUCGUUAUCGCGGUUCAGUAUGCCGUUAAGCUGCGGGCCAACGACCGCCACGAAUGGCCGUUUGAGAACCCAAUCGAGAGCCGCUUCCUCGAUGAUAUGGCUGCAGCUUUUGCCAGACCCCAUCCAGACCGUCCAGCGCGGGUGAUCCACAAGAUGGUAAACCAGGCAAGGAAUGGCAAGUAUACGCCCCUCAUGUCAGUCGUUUUACAAGAGAUUGAGAAGGCCGUUGACACCCCAAAUGUGGCCUUCCAAGGAUUGACGGACCCUUUUGAUCGGUAUUCAGUCACAACUACAGACCUCAGAAAUGUCGCUACUGCGCUGAACAACGUUAGGUCCUGCGGCGUCGCUAUCUAUCUUGAUAACUAA